UCCCUAACCGAGAAACUAUUUGUGGCGAGGGCAGAGUGGCUGGCAAGCCCCUUGUCGCCUCCCGUGGCGUUCGUUCCCUCCCCGGGCCGCCACCGAUGGGCCCCGGGCGGCCUGGGCGCAGCGCUGCUGCCCAUCGCGCAGCCUCCGGGCAGAUCCGCUCCGCUCGCCGCUUGUGUGCGCCGCUUGGAGCACGCGGAGUGCACGGGAGGGCCGCUCUGAGCCCGGCGCGUCGCACGCAGACCCCGGGCCGCCGGACUAUUUCUGUCUUAUCAGUGCAGGAAUGCGGCAGCCGCGGCGGCGGCGGCGGCGGCGGCGGGCGGGCGGCGGCGGCGUGGGCCGUGGGCCGUCAGGGCAGCCCUGAAGGGGCCCCCUCCCCACUCCGCUCGAGUAGAAGUGUGAGAGAGCCCAGCAGGACUCAGAGGGGAGAGUUGGAGGAAAAAAAAGGCAGAAAAGGGAAAGAAAGAGGAAGAGAGAGAGAGAGUGAGAGGAGCCGCUGAGCCCACCCCGAUGGCCGCGGACGAAGUUGCCGGAGGGGCGCGCAAAGCCACGAAAAGCAAACUUUUUGAGUUUCUGGUCCAUGGGGUGCGCCCCGGGAUGCCGUCUGGAGCCCGAAUGCCCCACCAGGGGGCGCCCAUGGGCCCCCCGGGCUCCCCGUACAUGGGCAGCCCCGCGGUACGACCCGGCCUGGCCCCCGCGGGCAUGGAGCCCGCCCGCAAGCGAGCAGCGCCCCCGCCCGGGCAGAGCCAGGCACAGGGCCAGGGCCAGCCCGUGCCCACCGCCCCAGCGCGGAGCCGCAGUGCCAAGAGGAGGAAGAUGGCUGACAAAAUCCUCCCUCAAAGGAUUCGGGAGCUGGUCCCCGAGUCCCAGGCCUACAUGGACCUCCUAGCAUUCGAGAGGAAACUGGAUCAAACCAUCAUGCGAAAGCGGGUGGACAUCCAGGAGGCCCUGAAGAGGCCCAUGAAGCAAAAGAGAAAGCUGCGCCUUUAUAUCUCCAAUACUUUCAACCCUGCGAAGCCCGAUGCCGAAGACUCCGAUGGCAGCAUUGCCUCCUGGGAGCUGCGGGUAGAGGGAAAGCUCCUGGAUGAUCCCAGUAAGCAGAAGAGGAAGUUUUCUUCCUUCUUCAAGAGUUUGGUCAUUGAGUUGGACAAAGACCUUUAUGGCCCAGACAACCAUCUUGUGGAGUGGCACCGGACGCCCACAACCCAGGAGACAGAUGGGUUCCAAGUAAAGAGACCAGGGGACCUGAGCGUGCGCUGCACGCUGCUCCUGAUGCUGGACUACCAGCCUCCCCAGUUCAAACUGGACCCGCGCUUGGCCCGGCUGCUGGGGCUGCACACGCAGAGCCGCUCAGCCAUUGUCCAGGCGCUGUGGCAGUACGUGAAGACCAACAGGCUGCAGGACUCCCAUGACAAGGAGUACAUCAACGGAGACAAGUACUUUCAGCAGAUUUUUGACUGUCCCCGCCUGAAGUUUUCUGAGAUUCCCCAGCGCCUCACAGCCCUGCUGCUGCCCCCUGACCCAAUUGUGAUCAACCAUGUCAUCAGUGUGGACCCAUCAGACCAGAAGAAGACAGCGUGCUAUGACAUUGACGUGGAGGUAGAGGAACCGCUGAAGGGGCAGAUGAGCAGCUUCCUCCUGUCCACGGCCAACCAGCAGGAGAUCAGUGCCCUGGACAGUAAGAUCCAUGAGACAAUUGAGUCCAUAAACCAGCUCAAGAUCCAGAGGGACUUCAUGCUAAGUUUCUCCAGAGACCCCAAAGGCUACGUCCAAGACCUACUCCGCUCCCAGAGCCGUGAUCUCAAGGUGAUGACAGAUGUGGCCGGUAACCCUGAAGAAGAACGCAGGGCUGAGUUCUACCACCAGCCCUGGUCCCAGGAAGCCGUCAGCCGCUACUUCUACUGUAAGGUAAUGCGGGCCUGGAGCAUGGGCCUUCCUCCCCUCCAGCCCUACAAGCCUUGCCGCUCGCUCACCUGGCACCAGCCUUUCUGCCUGUGCCCAAUACCUGUCCACCGGCCCACGUCCCCAUGCAGUGGUCUCCUGGCUCCCAGACGCUCCCGGGGACGGGUGGCAGGAGGGUGUAGCCCUGGUCACUCACCAGGACCACUGUAACCCUGCCCUGCUCACACUUCCUCUAAAGAUCCAGCAGCGGAGGCAGGAGCUGGAGCAGUCGCUGGUCGUGCGCAACACCUAGGAGCCCUUGGACCAGCAGCCUGUGGACCAGCCGCCGCCCAGCACAUGCCCUGGGCGCUGCACUCCCUCUCCCGCACUGUGCUGAGGGUGGGGAGGGCUGGAUUAAAGGUCACUCAUCA